CCGGAGUCCCCUGCUGCGGCCUGCAGGAAGGGCUCCAGCCCACGGGGUUGUUAGCGAGUACACGGAUGACCGUGAGACAGAACCCUGUACCGAAAGGCGUCGACGGAUCGGCGGGAGCCCGGCCCGAGAUGAGUUUAGAGUCCCUGUUUCGGCACAUCAUCUUCUCGGAGCAUCAGGCCGAGGAGGGUCGCCGCGUGAUCCGAGAAGUAAGGUCCGAGAUUAACAGAUGUCGUGAAGAAAUGAAGAAAGCAGCCGAGCUGCUGAACGAGGAGAAAGCCAAGUUGGAAUCUAAGGUUCAGCAGUUUUUGGAAAAAGCCUUCCUCUUACAGCUUUGGAAAAUUCAUGAAAGUGCCUUAGAAAGACAGUGUAGUGAAAUUACAAACCAGAGGAAUAUGCUUCUCCAAACCUUUGGGGCUACAAAGAAAAAAGUGACCGAGGAAGAAGAAAAAUUUAUUAAGGAAAUUGCAGACUUCAAUAAUGAGUAUGAAGUAACAAAGAAAAGAAAGCUUUUCAUGAAAGAAAAUGUCAAGAUUGAAAUAUCUGCCUUAGAAAACCAGGCAAACAUUUUGAAGAGGGAAAUAAAAUCGAUGGACCAUGAUAGUGGCCAGUUAUGUGAACUUCAAAAACAAAAGAGUGAAUUAGUACAAGAAUUACUUACUGUGCAGAGAAAACUUAAAGUUUUUGAAGAUAAAAAGAUUGAAGCCAUUUGUACUACCAAAUACCUAGAGGCAGAAAAAGCAAAGAUAAAUGAAAAGCCUCAAAAUGAUGCUGAGUGCUUAAGACUUAAAAAAGAAUUAGAACUUUAUAAGGAAGAUGACAUGCAAAGUGCUUGGGAAGCUCUCCAAACAGAAAUAGAAGUUUUGGAGUUGACAUUGGCACAGAAGGAUCUUCAGGAAAAUAAAUAACUUGUGGAGAGCUGACCAAAGCUAUCCAAAGUUUGAUGAAAGCAUCUUAAAAUCAAAUCUUUGUGAUAGAUACACAAACAAUACCCAUUACAACAGAUUUUUGUGGAAAACGUGAGGUUCAGAAUGUUCAAAGUUGUUGCUACCUAGAAUUGGUAUAUUAGCACUUUAAAAAUGUAAUUUUUUUGUCUUGUUAUGUGCUGGAACUUUAAAGCUCUUUAUAGGGUUUGAUUUUGUUUCUAAAGGAAGAAAAAAGGACAGGUGGAUACUGUGUUCUCCGGCUUCUUAUCGCCCUUGACCCUUAAGCUGAUAUGUACUUUCUGAUGUUCAUUUUUUGUUGCAGUUUACCUUGGGUCCAAUCACACAAUGGGAGAGAGAAAUGAUCAGAUUAUUGACUCAAUUUUGUCCCUGCCAUUUCCACCAACAAAGAUGUUCACUUUCAUUUUAAUCCUUCUCCCAUUUUAAAAUGUUUGUUGACAAAGGUCCUUGGUGGCCUUUCAUGUGCAAAAGCCAGUUUUCUGCUCUUUUCUCUAGAUGUGUCUGUGGAGUUAAGUUUGGGGCUCCUGCUGCCUUUGCCAGCUUCCUGCCUGGCAGUUUUCUUUCUGAUGCCGGUGUUGGUAAAAUGAAAUAAGUCAUCCACCUGGGAAUGUACAUAAUCUCCUGAGGGGCCUCAGGAUUCAUUUUUGCUGAAACAUGGCAACUAAAACUCAUGUUUAUAUCAGACUUGGUAUUUCCACCAAAUUUGCAGCGUCGUGUAGCUUUCUGUGAUUUGCCCUCCUGUGUAGGAAGAAAGGUGUAUUUUCCCUCGUCUCUAAAAAAGUGUAUGGAAACUGUCCAACAAAGCCCUAAAUUGUGGUCGGUGUGGGGAGGGAGACAAAAUCUGGAGAUAUAUUUCAAAGUACUCAGUGAAAAAUGUUAGAUCAUUUUUUCUUUUGUAGUUAUAGCUGAAUGAGUUUAACAUCAACUAUGAAAUGUUUGCAAAUGUCUUCUCUCUACCAAUGAUAAGGUGGUCUAGUUUCAGAACAAGGCUUAUUUUGGGAUAACUUUCUGUAUAUGUUGUUUUAUACUCUUAUUUUUUAAAAAUCGGUAAAGUUAAAACUCUCCUUUGAGAUGUGUUGCAAUUGCCAUCUGUUUAAAUAAUUUUCAUUUUCAGAAGUGAUUUCUUAUUUUGAUUCCUUAAAUAUUUGAUAGUAAAUUACUUUUGCCUAAGAAGAAAACAGUUAAUGGUACCAGGGAAUUACAUUCUAUUUUAUAUAUGCAAAUAUAGAGUAGAAAAUGGUUAUUGGGAUUAGUCAUGACUUUAGUUCUGUCUUAUUUUAUUCCAUUUAUCUAAAUUCUUAGUCUCAUGAAAUCUACUUAUUAUAUGUGUAUUAUAUUAUUAAUAUGCUGAGUUUACAGAUAAAGCUUUUUCACUUACCAAUAAUUUUUGUUCAUUAUUGGUUUUGUAACUAAAUAUUAAUGUGAACUAUAGAUCUGUCACAUAUUUGCAUUACUAACACGCAAUGACAUA